UCGUGGGGGGGGCCCCCCUCCGCCGCCCGCGCCUCCUACGUGUCCUCUGCCGGGGGCCUCUCCGACGCCUUCCUGCGGGAGCUGGUCGCCAGGAUGGGCAGCGGCCUCGCCGACCCCGCCAGGGACUACCUGGAUCUUCCUCCUCAAGGCAUGGAGGCUCCCCUGGCCGAGGGCAUGGCCCCACGCGCCAUGAAGGAGCUGCCCGGCCCUCCCCUGCCCCUGGACUACGACGCCCUGGCCCUGAGCCCUUCCCUUAGGGACCAGGAGUACCUGUCACACUCUUCGCUGCUCGGCACCGUCCUCGCCAAUUACGAGGGCAAGAGCAAGCAGAAGCUGAAGAACAACCAGGAGGGCCUCAAGAGCACCACCGACGGCGUCCUGCCCGCCUACUGCAACCCCCCCAACCCCUGCCCCAUCGGAUACACAGCUGCCGACGGUUGCCUGGAGGACUUCGAGAACUCGGCCGGCUUCUCGCGCGACUACCAGGCUCUCCAGGACUGCAUGUGCGACACCGAGCACAUGUUCGAGUGCGCCGACUCGACCCGCGAGUCCGAGAUCACGGCCCUCGCCCGCUCCAUCCAGAAUGAGGGCGUGCUGGACUCCACCCUCGAUAAGAUCAUGGACGGACUGGGUGAGGCUAAUCAUCGGCUAGUUGCUAAGAAGUACCACCAGAAGAAGAACUUUAACCCUUACCUGCAGGGCGAGAAGCUGCCCAUCGCCGCCAAGAAAGGAGGAGGACUCUAAGGCGGAAGAACACGUGAAGAAACGAUCUCUCACACGUCAACAUGAAGAAGAAGAAGAGGAAGAGGAAAUAAAGAAGAAAAGGGUCUAUGCUGUGAUGGGGGGUCAGCGAUAGCGCUCGUUUCGACGGCUCUGGGCUGGGAACAGCUCGGUCUCUAACCUUUAUGAAUUACUUGAAUGCGACUAGUUUACAAAGGUUACGGGGCCGUCGACCGAAGUCAUCUAGCGGGGAAAGCUGGCCGUGGGAAGGACAGAUUCGCUGAUGAUGUUUGUUUGACUAAUUGCCCUAAAAAGGCGACGAUUAAUUGAUUUCAUUAGUAUAUACUCCUUAUGUAUGUCGUAACAUUAAUACUAUAUUCUGAAGCAGAA